AAUUAAUUAAUUAAAUGAUAAAUAAGAGAGGAAGCGAUACGGAACAAACUCUUCCUCUCUUUCCUCUCCUCCUCUUCCUCCCAGUUUAUCCUCUCUCUCUCUCUCUCUCUCUCUCUCUUUUCUCUGUGUGUGUGUGUGUGAGGCAGAUUCAUCUUUACAAUUGAAUCAGAACAAUGAGCUGGUGGUGGGCAGGGGCGAUCGGUGCUGCAAAGAAAAAGUUCGAAGAGGAUGAUAUCCCCAUCAAGUACCAAAGCGUGGGGCUCGUGGUCGGCGUCACAGGCAUCGUCGGCAACAGCCUCGCCGAGAUCCUCCCCCUCACCGACACCCCCGGCGGUCCCUGGAAGGUCUAUGGCGUCGCCCGCCGCCCUCGGCCCUCCUGGGAUGCCGAUUUUCCCAUCGACUACAUCCAGUGCGAUGUCAUCGACGCCGACGACGCGAUGGCCAAGCUCUCCGUCCUCACGGACGUCACGCACAUCUUCUACGUCUCCUGGGCCAGCAUGCCCUCCGAGGCCGAGAACUGCACCGUCAACGGCAAAAUGUUGCGAAACGUGCUGAACGCGAUGAUCCCAAAUGCCCCAAAUCUACAGCACAUUUGCCUCCAAACCGGACGGAAACACUACGUUGGUUCGUUUGAAUCAAUCAGCGAGAACCAAUUCCACCCUCACGAUCCUCCCUUCCACGAAGAUCUCCCGAGGUUGGGGGGGCCUAAUUUUUACUACACUCUUGAAGACAUACUGUUCGAGGAAACGUCUAAGAGGGAAGGUCUGACAUGGUCGAUCCACCGGCCUGGCGUGAUCUUCGGGUUCUCGCCGUACAGCUUGAUGAACUUGGUGGGGACUCUGUGCGUCUACGCCGCUAUAUGCAAGCACGAGGGGAAGCCGCUGAGGUUUCCGGGGAACAGGGCGGCGUGGGACGGCUACUCCGACGCGUCUGACGCGGACUUGGUGGCGGAGCACCAGAUAUGGGCGGCGGUGGAUCCGUACGCGAAGAACGAAGCGUUCAAUUGCAGCAACGGGGACGUGUUCAAGUGGAAGCACCUGUGGAAGGUGCUAGCGGAGCAGUUUGGGGUGGAGUGCGGGGAGCUUGAGGAAGGGGGGGCGAGCAACUUGGAGGAGUUGAUGAAGGGGAAGGGUAGAGUGUGGGAUGAGAUAGUGAGUGAGAAGGGGUUGGUGGCGACGAAGUUGGAGGAGUUGGGGCAGUGGUGGUUCGCGGACAUGAUGCUGACCGGAGUGCCGAUGCUGGACACCAUGAACAAGAGCAAAGAGCAUGGGUUUGUGGGGUUUAGGAACACCAAGUCCGCCUUCAUUUCCUGGAUUGAUAAGCUGAAGGCCUUCAAAAUUGUUCCUUGAGUUUGGUGAUAUGAAGUUUUCUUGGGUUUUCCAGUACUCCAAGUUCUAUCUGGAUCUGGUCUGGUCUGGUAUUGUCUGGUCUUGUGAUGUUUGUUCGAGGUUGUGCGUGUUAAUUAUUGCAGAAGGGCGAAGGCAGUAAGUCCAUACUUCUCGUUUCUCUGGUCUGUAAUUCUCCCUUGUCACUUUGUCAGCAGCUUUGGUGGUGGCAAUGAGAAGAAGAAGAAGAACAAAGAAAGAAUGCUGGUGAUAUACAUAAAUCCUGCAUUCCUACUUCACUGUGAGCAGCUGAAUGAUGACUCUGGUGUUCCAUGGAACAUUAGAACUGCAUUUAAAAUUGAAAGAAGUAAUCUUUGACAAUGUAGUGGGGAUGUGAUUACAGCAAAAGGGAACAUUUCUCAUGAGCAGGUAUUGCUUGUUAAUUUGUUAUGUGGUAAAUGCUAUUGAAAUUGCUGGUCUUUUAGGAUA